AUGAAGUCUUUCCGCCCCACGAAAGAAAGCUUUCCCCCAAACGACGUACUAUACAGACUACAGGUGCCACAAGGGAUUCCUGUGUACAAACAUCCACUGAACCCCCUUGCAUUUCUGCUCAAGGCUGCUCAGAUCUAUCCAGAUAAACUCGCGAUAGCUCAUCCAGACCGCUCGCAUCCAGUCUUCUAUUCCUACGCCGUAUGGACUCAGCGGGUGCAAAACCUAGCAUACGCUUUAAUACAAGCUGGUAUUUCACCUGGAGAUCGGGUCGCGGUCCUUGCGCCAAAUUCUUUUCUUCAUUCUUGGUUUUCUUUUGAUGGUAUGCUGAAAAUCUUGACUCCAGAUGCGCAUCACGGCGUUCUUGCUGCUCGCGCUGUCAUUUGCCCGAUCAACACGCGUCUCACUUCCCAGGAAGUCGCGUAUAUAAUUGAGCACAGUGAGGCGAAGUUGAUUCUCGUCGACCGCGAGCUCGUGCAUCUCGUUCAGAACGCUCAGAUACCCAUUAUCGUUUCGGAGGACUCGGGGAGAGCGGGUGACCCGUAUGAAGACUUCUUGACCAACGGAAGGAAGUUCAGCAGGGAGAAAGGGUGGGCGGGACUAGCAUGGGAGAGCAAUGAGGAUGCACCCGCUGCACUCUGCUACACAUCAGGGACAACAGGUAGACCCAAAGGUGUGGUUACAACAUUAAGGGGAACAUACCUUGCUGCUAUUGCAAACGCCUACGAGACAAGGUAUCACAAUACAUACGGUCCAUUCACCCGCUGCUACGAGCAAUCAUCUUGGGAAGGCCUUUCUCUGGACAAACGUGCGCGGCAGCUCGCACGACAAGGCAUAAGCUUUGCAACCUCCGAUGAUGCCCGUGUCGUGUACCGAUCUGAGGCAGAUGACCCUACCGAUGUGCAUUCCUGCCUCGUGGACGUGCCGAAGGACGGAAAGACAAUAGGUGAGAUAGUAAUACGAGGAAACAUUGUGAUGAGGGAGUACUUCAAGGAUUUUGAGGCAACACAAAAGGCAUUUCGUGGAGGGUAUUUCUGGACAGGUGAUUUAGCAGUUGUGUAUCCGGACGGGUACAUCGCAGUCUGUGACAGGAGCAAGGAUAUCAUAAUAUCUGGUGGAGAGAACGCCUCAAGUCUCGCUAUUGAGCAAGAGCUUGCGACUCAUCCUGACGUUCUCGAAGUCUCUGUAGUCGCUAGACCGCACGCGCGCUGGGGUGAGCGUCCCAUGGCAUUCGUAACUCUUCAACCUCAGGGCGCUCCGAAGUGGUCAGGACGCCAUGACGCAUUCGUCGAUGACCUGAAGAAGCAUGCACGGACGCGACUACCAGGAUUCGCCUGUCCAGAGUGGGUCGAGAUUGUAGAUGAGUUGCCAGUGCGUAUACCUGUGCUUCUCAUCAUCACUGUAGCGGUUGAUGCUGUUCUGCUCCUAGAAAACAUCAACGGGAAAGAUACAAAAAGUCGUGCUGCGCAAAAUCGUCGCUAA